GUCUUUGUCAUGCGUUCAUAUUAUUGUCUAUUUUCAAAUUUCAAUAAAAUUGCAUGCGCUCAAAUUCAAAGUUCAAAUCACAAAAUUGGAUAUAUGGAAUCACAAAUAGGGAUUAUUAAUAAUGAGGAUUAAUAGUAAUACGCUAAUAAAUGGACUAAACGUUGUUUUAGUUCCUUACAGAGAUUAUCAUGUGCCCAAAUACCACGAAUGGAUGAAGUCUGAAGAGCUUCAAAAGUUAACUGCAUCAGAACCUCUGACUUUAGAUGAAGAAUAUAAAAUGCAGAAAUCUUGGAGAGAUGAUGAAGAUAAAUGUACUUUUAUUAUUUUAGACAAAAAAGUUUAUAAUGAAAAGAAUAACGAAAUUGAAUCAAUGAUUGGAGAUACCAAUAUAUUUAUAAUUAACAAAGAUACUGCAACUGCAGAAAUAGAGAUAAUGAUAGCAGAGGAGUCAGCCAGAGGUAAAAAAUUAGGUUCAGAGGCAGUGAUUGCGAUGAUGUUUUAUGGUAUAAAAUAUAUUGGUGUAAGAAUAUAUCAAGCAAAAAUAUCUUUUGUUAAUGAAGUUAGUAUAAAUAUGUUUAAGAAACUGGGUUUUUUGGAACAGUCUAGAAGUGAGGUGUUCCAAGAGAUAACAUUAGAAAAAAGUGUAUCUGCAGAUUGGACUGAAUCGUUGAAUAGACAGUUUAAUUUUGAAAUACAAAAUUAUUAACACAUA